CCUUUGUGACGUCACAAGGCGCUGAUAGGAAAGAAGAAAAGCUCACUCGUCAUGGCUGCUCGCAUUAAGGAUGUGCUCAAGCGCUACGGGCGCACCGCCUUCCUCUUCCACUCUACGGUUUUCGCUUCGACGCUCGCAGGCUCUUACGCUGCCAUUAGUCAGGGCAUCGAUCUGAAGACGAUCGCCAAGCGCGUCCCUUUCGUGGACUUGUCCAGUAUCGACCCAGACGCCGGCACACUGGCACUCGCCUACCUGUCGACCGUAGCUACUGGCCCAGCACGAGGUGCGCUCACGAUCGCCGCGUCUCCAUUUCUUGCGCGUUUGCUGGCCCGUACCCGCCAGCUCACCAAAAUGUAGACGAGAAGCAGCAGUAGCUCAGCAGCCUAAUGCAUAAGAACUCAAAAUUCUUCUUGCCUCCUCAGGAAGCAUUUGCUUACUGUAGUAGCUGAGUUUUUUCUUCUUUUACAGUAUCAUAGAUCGCGUGCGGCUCGUAUCAUCCACAAGAGCCAUAUUCCAAGAGCGCAAAGCAUUGCCCUCUUGGUUCACAGCAAGUAUAAACUACUACUAAUGUACAGUGCCAGUAGUA